UUUCUCUUGAUUCUCUUUGUUAAUGAUUUUUUUAUCAUGAUAUUUUCCAUUUUUGAUGGGUUUUCUUGACCCACAUCUUUUUUUUUUUUUGGUUAAUUUUUCUGCUGUUCAAAUCAAGGGUUGCAUUUCUUGAUAAUGCUGAAGUUUCUGUAGUUUGUAUUGAGAUUUUGUGUUUCUUUUUUGGGGGGUUUUUCAUGCAUAUGUUGGAAUAUUAGCAUGACAGGUCGGAAUUAGUUUGAUGAGAUUGAUGGAUUGUAAUCAAUUUGGAGUAAUGUAGUCUUGUUCGUAUUUGAAGGGCAAAGUUUAAUUUCUGAUUUUUGUAUGAUUGAACAUUGGUUCUUGAUCAACAUUGGAGUUGUUUGCGGAUUGUUAUUUUCUUUGCGUUCUUGGCAUAGGGAUGAUCAUUUCAGGACGCUGCUGAAACACGACUCUAGUAUUAGUUGGUGAUUCAACUUCUUCCGGGUGAAGUGCGGGAGCUUACUCAUAGAUUAUUUGCAUUACUUGGUGUCUUGAUCAUUCAUUUCAAUGAUGAACUACCUAUUGAGUAUUUCCGUUAUUUGUCAUGGGAUUUUAGCUACAUUUGUACUUGAACAGGAGUACUAUUCUUUAUCCAAACUCCCAAAGUGGUUUACUGGCAGUAAAAUGGACUCUCAUGAUAUAAGGAGAAGUGUGUCAAUGAAAUUGUCUUGAAAGGAAUGGGGCAAGCUAUUAGCAAAACUGUGGCUAUUUCAGAAAUUAUAAAGAAGAGAAUUCCUAACCUUCAUCAAGACAUUGCCAUCAGCUCUGUCAGCAUAACAGAUGUCUAUGCACCUCUUGAAGAGGGUCUUAGUGAGUUGGAGACAAAACGUCAAGUAUCAAUGAUCUCUAUCACACUCUCAACUACAGAGCUAAACAAGAAUUCUCCAGGGUAUCAAAGUCCUUGUGAGUCUGAUCAACCUAAACAGCAUAAUUAUUAUCAUCAGCCUCAACCUAGACAAGAACGUGGAACAUACAAUGCUGGUUACGAUGAUUCAUAUGGUCGAGGUCGUGGACGUGGUAGAGGAAGAGGUAGAGGCAGAGGACGCGGGCAGAGCUGGGGAAGGGGCGGCUAUGGUUCAUAUCAGGAUAAUGGUGGGUACACAAACUGGGGCCGAGGAGGUGGACGAGGUUGGGGCUUUGGAGGAUACAAUGAUGGUGGUUAUCAUCAAGGGGGCCGAGAUGAUGGCUAUCAUCAAGGGGGCCGAGACGGUGGCUAUCAAGGGAACCGAGAUGGUGGCUAUCGAAGAGGCCGAGAUGGUGGGUAUCAGAGGGGCAGAAACGUUGGCUAUCAAGGAGGCAACAAUGGUGGCUAUCAAGGAGGCCGAGAGAGAGGCUAUCAAAGAAUCCGAGUGGGUGGCUAUGAAGGAGACAGAGAGGCUGGGUACCAAGGAGGUCAAGACGGUGGGUACCAAGGAGGUCGAGACAAUAGGUACCAGGGAGGUCAAGAGGGUGGUUACCAAGGAGGCCGAGAUGGUCGCUACAGAGGUGGGCGAGGUUGGGGCCGAAGUUAUGGUUAUGGGAGCCGUGGUCGUGGUCGAGUGGGAGGUCGCUCGCAAGGUGGUCCCGAUCAAUCCUAGGAAAGGUCUCCGUGCCUCAAAAUACUUGCUUUGGCUUGAAUGCGCUUUACUAUGUCCCGAACAGAAAUUUAAAAAAGAACUUGCCUUUGAUGAAGUGAUUAGUAAUUGGGUUUAGUAUCACUAAUCACUAUUGUCUUGGGUAAUAGCAUAAGGUUUUGUCGGUCAUUUUGCAAUGCUAUUGGGUUAUUAUUGGUAUAACGAACAUCUAAAAGGCUUGAUUUUUACUUAGGUUGUGUUUAAUCUGUUUAGCCAAGAGCAAGUAUAGUUAAUAUAGGUUUACCUAUAUCUUGUAAUUCAUUAAACCCCUCUAAUCAAAUUAAUAGAAAGUAUAUGUUUGUUUUC